AUGGAGCACUCUAUAGGCGACGAGUCAAAUGGGAAUGUUGAAAGAGAAUAUAUUAGCACUUCUCAGGAAAAUCCGGAGCAAGAUUCUUCCUUUGACGAAACGGACAAGCUCUUGGAAAAACGGUUACUAGCAGCAGCUGCAAAUGGGCAACUUAAAAUUGUACAGGGAUUAAUAAUUGCUGAAGUCAAUGUGAACGCGCAAGAUACGAAUAAGGAUACAGCACUGCACCUUGCGUGUUUCAUGAGUCAGACUUCUGAAGAUAAUCAUGCCAAAAUUGUUCGCUAUUUAAUAAGCAAAGGCGCUAACGUUAAUGCAGAAAACAACGAUAAGUGUACACCAUGGUUUGCUGCAUCUGAGAGGGACAAUGUCGAUAUGGUAAGAUAUAUGGCAGAAAACGGGGCUGAAGUAAUUUGCGAAGACUGCUUGUUGAAACUGCUGACUGUGGCUUCGCAGAAGCAUUGCGAAAAUGUAAAAAAAUAUUUGAAAGAAAUGCUCUUUUACGUAAGUGGUGCAGAACAGAGUAAGCAAAAACUGCUGAAAAUCGCGAUACGGCUUGGCCAUAUUAAUGCUGUAAGGUAUUUGGUGUCCAAAGGAGCUGUCGUCGAGGGGGAAGAUAAUGAAGAUAAGUCGUCGCUAUUCAUUGCGUGUAAAAGUGGCCACAGCGAGAUCGUAAAAUAUUUAAUUGAAGAGAGCGGAUGCAACAUUAACAUAAGGAAUAUGUAUGGGCAGACGCCGGUGAUGAUCGCUUCUCGAAAGGGUCACUUAGCCAUUGUAAACUACUUGUUGGAGAAGGGAUGUAGCGUCGCCGAAAGAAGCAACGACGGGGUAACGCUUGCUGAGAGCGGUCGCAAAAAUCUGACUGAUUAUAGAAACUUUUUUCAUGGAUUUUUCAUUCUGAAGUUUAUUCUAUAG